AUAAAAUGGGAAAACAUCCACGGAUGCGACUUCAGUUGAUCAGUUCUUCUGAACGAUCAUAGAGAAUUUAAAUAAGUACACAUAUAAUGAGGAUCCUUGUGAUAUUUACGUGUGCCGUGAGUUUUAUUGCCGCCACCCCGGUUGUCUUUCCCGAUAUCGACAACAAUGGCUAUUUUGCCGUUGAACAGGUAAUUCUCGAUCCAGAUUCCAUACCUGUGGGUGAUCUUCUGGCGCAAGCAGCGGAAAAUGCUGAGAAUGUUGCUGAUGCGAAGGAUGCUGCAAAGCCAUCUAAUGAUUUAUCCAUCCUCGCACCGAUUGCCUUCAUUUUGAAGCCAACAACGGAGGUGUCGCAUGUGGCAACAGAAGAGGAUACUGCAAAGUUGCCAGUAGAGAGCGCAGAUCAGGCUAGUUCAGUUGCUUCAUCCCCAACUGUUACCCCUGAAGUGUAUUCUUCAUCAACUUCCAGCCUUUUACUCAUCUCCACAUCAACACCACGUGCCAGUGAUGGAAGUUCACCACCAGCUGAACCAUCCUCAUCCCCCUUAACACCUACUUCAUCUCCUGCAACAGCUUCUUCAUCAAAGGCUCCACCGCCGAAGGCACCAUGCAAGGAACACAGCUCCGAAGAAGGUUCAUGCGAGGAAAUCCACAAAAUCACCAUAACUGAAGACCAGGAGGAGGAUCUCAAAGAAAAAGCAGCCGAAGUGGAGGCAGAGCCAGUCAUCCUCACGCCUAGUGUUAAAAAGUAAACUCUGUGUGUGUGAUGCAAUUCACCUGAAUUUUCUCAAGUAAAUAUUAAAGUACCUAUACUAUAUAUGUAUAUGUGUAAUUAGCUCCUACGGAAAAUAUACAUAUACAAAUACCUAACAAAAAAAUUUUGUAUAGCCAUUUGUGACUAAAGCAAUUAGACUUUUUAGCACUCCCCCCCUCAAGUUGUCUUGAUCCAUCAAAAAGAGCAAAAGAUACAACGUCGUGGUAAAUCACGAAUUUGAUAGGGAAAAGAAAAUAACUCAAGAAAUGAGAUUAUUUUGGGGCACAUUCAGAGUGAGAAAAAAAGCUUCUCCGGUGAUUAUCUUUUUGAUUAUUUGAGGGGGCUAUUGGAAAAUACUUAAAUGCUAUCGUGUAUGAGUCACCAUCGCAGCUCUAUAUCACCCCCAUAGAAGGCCUCUUAUCAGCCACCUCAGUCACCACAAAUGAUCCUUAACUACCGCAAUUUAUAGCCAAUUCAGCUCAUUCAAUUCCAAACCAUUGGAAAAUUCGGACAAAAGUUUUUUCUAUUAAUUUUUCUGUGAAGACUUUUCAUUGCAAAAGAAAAGAAAGAAAAAAUGGUUUCCUGUGGACGAAGAGUUGGGCUCCUCUGUGUGGCCAUUUGGUCCAUGGCCCAGAGUGCUGGAUAUCUCAUUGCAAGUAUUUUGGGAAUGAGAGCCUUCAAUUGUGAUGUGGACAUGAAGACAUCACAAGUUAAUUACUUCAUUUAUCUCCUCUACUUUAGACAAUCAUCCUGUGGCAAUGAAACCCUAGAUUGGGAUGCUUUGGAGAUCUGGCCUGCACCUGAAGUGGAAAUUCCACUUCCAGACACAACAGAGGCUGUCCUGAGGACCCAAUCAAUUGUUACAACUUACCUAAUUUUGAGUAUUCUAUGGCUUGUGGCAUCAGUUAUGGUUGUUGUCGCUAUGUUUUCUCCAUGCAUGGGCAGGAAAACUCUCAAAUUCUUCCUCUAUCCAUGGGCUCUUGUUUGCAUUUUCGUCCUUAUUGGGGAUGUGACUGCAACGUACUUCCACGUAUGGGAUAUUAUCAAUACGAGGAACACAGUUUCCUUGAUUGACUUCCUGGGGAUUCCCUAUGAGUCUGAAUACUAUUUCUACUUCAACGCAAUCCCACCGCAUAUAAUGAUCCUUCCUGCACUCAUGAUGUCCCUCCUGUCGAGUCGUGCUGUCAUCGGUUGGUUCCUCAAUCUGUCAGCCCUCAUCUACGUCUGUGUGACCAUUAGGAAGCUCUCAAAGAAGAAACAAACCCCCGGAGUUGUUGAACCACAACCAUUUCAGCCAACAAAUGCCACAACAAUCACCACACAGCAUCAAGGACAAGCGUAUCAACCACAAAUAGCCACAUGUCCACCAUUUGUGCAGCAACAGCAACCAGGAUCGAGUCAGAUCUCGCAGCAGCAACAAGGAAUUUAUCCUUCCUUAUCGAAUUUCAACGAACCCGGUCCAUCGGGAACCAACAAAUUCGGAUAAGAGAAAACAUCCCGUACGGAAAUUAUUGAUAUAAUUUCAGUGAGAUCAUUUUGUAAAUAAUUCGUCAUUUCAUCUCUUUUUUUCUCAUAAAUACAAAAGGAUAAUAAAAUAAGGAUCAUCAGUAUUAAAAUCAUUUUGCCAAAUUGUAGAAUUAUUUUGAGAAAGUAUAAAUUAAAUUUUUAUAAAUUGAAAACUUUUUUUUAUUUAUAGAAAAAUAU